AUGGCCCAUAUGGGAAGUGAACAGAUAUUGCAAGGGCCAGUUUUGGGCCACGCAGGCAACAGCUUCUCGCUAGCAAAACGCCGCAAAACAAAACUAGCUUGUAACGAGUGUCGCCAGGUGAAAUCGCGUUGCGAUGGAAACAUGCCUGCAUGUUCAAGGUGCGAAAAGAAGGGACUCACAAGUAGAUGCCAAUAUGAGCCGUCAACAUUGCGAACCCAAAGCUAUAUUUCAUUUCUGGAGAAGAGGGUACGAGAGCUCGAACGCUCGGGCCGUCACCCUGGAUCUCGAUCAGUCGACUCACCUCCAUUGCACGAUCGAUUACUAUCCACGGAAUGGGAAUGUUCCGUUGGCGAAGUUUCAAAUCAAAAAACCGAUGCCUUGACGAUGGUUCCUUCGCCUGAAGAGAGCAACGGAUGCCAUUGCUGCGGGUCCUCUGCUCCUGCAUUUAUGCAAUCGAUGGCACGAGCAGUGGGCAUAUCCGAGAAUACCGAGUGUUUGGACUCGGCUUUCAAGUCAGAUUCUGUUCAAGGAACCGGGUUGAAGGGAACACCAAAAGGCCAGACUGCCGAUGUAUUCGAUCUUCCAAGUCGCGAAAGAGCCGAUCACCUCAUACAUCAAUAUUGGGCCUUUGUACAUCCUAUAUUCCCCAUUCGGCAUAAACCAUCUUUCAUGUCACUUUAUGAGGAUAUUUGGACGCCGAGGAUUGACGCACGGGAAGAAAGCUUUCCCGCAAAUAAUGCUGUCCUCAGAGCAAUUGUGAACAUCGUCUUCGCUCAUGGAUGCCAGCAAACCGCAGAUGGAAGCUUGGCAGAUAUGUUUUAUCAGAGAUCCAGGGGGCUCUUUCAGACAGACUCACUGGAUAGCCCCUCAAUUGAAGAUGUCCAACUUCUACUACUUACUGGGAUAUAUCUCCAAUCCACACGGUACGCCAACAGGUGCUGGAACGUUGUUGGGCUAGCUAUCCGAUGCGCGCAAACUCUCGGUCUCCACCUCGAGCACAGCGUUCAGAAGCAGAAAUCUCAGAUCGAACAAGAAAUGCGACGGAGAAUAUGGCACUCUUGUGUCAUAAUCGAUAGAUUACUAUCUCUGACAUUCAACCGCCCGGGAAUGAUUUAUGGCAAUUCCAACGUGCCACUACCCUUAGAGAUUGAUGAUGAGUAUCUAUGGACAAAUUUAGAGAAAUCUCAACCCAGAGAAUUCCCGUCUCUCAUGGGUUUUUUCGUGCUCUCUGUCCGCCUUUUCAACAUCAUGAAUCACACAUUAUCCCAGCUGUACCAACACGAUUCCGAAUCUUGCGCGACAAACGAAAGCCAAACCCAUCAGUGGGCCCGUGAGCGACUUCAUACUGUCCUCUCCCUGAGUUCCUCUUUGGAUGAUCUGUCUCUCACACUCCCGUGCCAUCUCAAGCCUGGAUUCCUGAAAGAACCCAUGGAAAACGUCCUGUAUGGACAGUUGAAAUGGCAAGGUUACGUGUUUCACUCAAGGCUUCUUUAUAUCCGGAUUCUUCUCCUCCGACCACUUUUUCUUUACAGUGCUUCUCGAAGAACUCGGUCAGAUCGAGAGUCAAUCGCGCGCGAGGAAACACUCGAGGAGCACAGUAUCACAAAGUGCGGCUGGAGAGAGGUUCAUUAUGCUUGCAUUUGUGCCAUUGUACUUCUUUGUGCGCGUUUGUACAAGAGUGACGAUCUAGCCUUUGAGCCAUCGACGAUAGACGAAUCUUGGCAUCGAUGCCUUGCUGUUAUCCAUCAUUUCCGAGCACAGGCCGAGUCUGCCGAUCGCGUCGCGAAUGUCCUCAAAGCAAUGGAGACUCGAGUCAAUGAGAUGAGCGACAAGGGAGCUUGUAUGGGGUUUCUUCGUUCGCGGGAUCUGGUCGAUAAACAUCAACUUGCAGUUGAGGAUGCGGCUUUCUCUUCUCGAAUGGAUGGAAACGAGCCUUUGAAUCUGGAUGGUAUAUUCGACUUUUCGUCCUCGGAACGAUUCAAUGAUGAGUUCCCUUUCGAACACAAUUUUGAAUUCGGAAUAUUGGAUUAUCAUUGGAGUAAUUUCCAGACCGAUAUGAACUUCAAUGAGUGA